CACGUGAGCGGGUGACGUGUACGCGAGGUGCCGAGGCCCUGCUGGCGAGGCGAGGAUUCAGGUGAAGGGAAGCUCACAGUACAUGCUUUCAUCUACAAUGGAACUAGCAACUAAUUUUUUUCAUGUGGAAUUCCCAAAUUUUACAAAUACUCUUCUACAGAAGUUAAACCAACAGCGUCAAGAGGGACAGUUAUGUGACAUUGCCAUUCAAGUUCAGGGCCAUUUAUUCAGAGCCCAUAGGGCUGUUCUUGCUGCCACUUCACCUUAUUUUUGUGAUCAGGUACUACUGAAGAACAGUAAUCGAAUCCUUCUACCAGAUGUAAUGAAUCCAAAGGCUUUUGAAAAUGUUUUGUUGUUUUGCUACACAGGAAAACUUGUACUACCAGCCACUGACAUUGUUAGUUACUUAACAGUGGCAAGCUUUCUUCAAAUGUGGCAUGUUGUAGAUAAGUGUACUGAACUUUUAAAAGUGUGCCCAGCAGUUCAUUGCCGGAAGUCUAAUCACUUGAAUGAUCAUCAGUCACCCAGCAGCAGCAAUUUCAAUGGUUUGGUAGAACCUUCAGAACUUGGGGCUGUGGGGCAGCCUGAUUUUCAUAAAAGUUUGAAUGGGGGUUCAAAACCUGAAAAUGGCGAAGAGAGCCCCAAAGAGGAUGAUAUGUCACCGCCCCAGUUAAUGGAUCAUGACAACCUUCCUAGCAAUUCUUCCGGAGAACAUGAUCAUUUAAGUGCAGAAAUGAGCAGUCAGGAUGGUGAGGAAGGAGCAAGCGAUACUGUAGAGUAUCCAUACACCAGGCCAAUCUAUAGUCGACCUAGUAUAAUGCCUCAGAAGCGGUGGGUGUAUGUGAAGCAAGAAAAGUUUGAAGAGGAUUACGGUGAUGGAACAACAUUCCCUCCUGCUGAAGAGCAACGUAUCUCUGAAUCAGAAAAUAUUACUCAGGCUGAGCCAGUGAUCCAGUCUUCUAGCAUUGACGACAGCUUUAAUGUUGUUGCUGCCAAAACCCAGGAGAUUUUUAAAGAAGCUCAUGAGCAUAGUUCUUAUGAUGAGCAGGUUGAUUACUAUGGUUCAUCACUGGAUGAAUUUUCAGCUGAUCGGGGAGAGAUAAAUGUCGACGGCCACCAUCAGGACCCUUUAAUGGCAGCUGAAAUGCAGGUGAAUCGGUUGCCAGGCUAUGGUGUUGAAGCUGAACUAGGAACGGGUGUCAAUGAAAAGAACUCGCACUCUGGCUUCACAGCUGUUGUUUACAAACUUUACCCUUGCCAAUGUGGCAAAAAUUUUACUCACAAGAGUCAGCGAGAUCGGCACAUGAGCAUGCAUCUAGGUCUUCGGCCUUAUGGCUGUGGUGUUUGUGGUAAGAAAUUUAAAAUGAAGCACCAUCUUGUUGGCCACAUGAAGAUCCACACUGGCAUUAAACCCUACGAGUGCCACAUCUGUGGUAAGAAAUUCAUGUGGCGAGACAGUUUUCAUCGUCAUGUGACAUCAUGCACUAAGCUGUAUCAGGUACCUGAUGUUCGCUGACAAAGCUUAUGGGCCAACUAGCUCACUGAAUGAUAUAAGGUACUUUAUAUAGUGAAGACAUUUCAAGUGCUUUUGACUCAUUCAAUGGUGUUCUCAUAUCCAGUAGAAAAUCAACAGUCUCAGUAGUGACAGCCUGGGCAUCAGUUGAACUGUAUUUUGGUACCAUGACAACACUUAGUUACUUAACCAAAACAUUUUUCCAGUCGUGUUACUUUUAAGUAUUGCACAAUUAUGUUGUCUUUGAUGGAUUGAAAUGAAGAGUUGAGCCUUACAUAUAAAAUUGAAUGGAAAGAAGAAAAAGCAAAACCAAGAAUAGACUUUGGUAUUUUGCUAACGUGUUGUAAGCUCCAUUUGCACACCAAUACUGUUGAGUUAGACUGGGAGUAUUAUGUGUAGAUAUGCUGCUCAACUCACAAAGGCAAUUCUUUGUAACAGAGGAUUGAGGUAGCAGCUUAAAGUGACUUUGGUUUCCAUGCAAGUGAUUAAAGGUAAAAAUGAAAAUUGACCACAAUCAUUUGCUGUUUGAGAGGGUCUGUGUGGACAUGACAGACCAAAUGGCGGCCUCCUGUAUUGUAACCAAUCUAGGACUUUAUUCUCAAAGGCUGAAAAGGGCACUGUUGUGGUAAUUCCAUUUGAUUUACUGUGUUCUUGAGCCUAAUUCUCAAAAAAAAUUAUAUCUGGGCCUUGUGACUUUGCAGUUAGCUCAGACUCCUGGUGUUAAUUAGUUCUAAAUGUGAUCUGUAUGAGUAGGCCACACAUCGGUUUGCAAACAGCAUAGAAAUGCAAAUUACAACAGCCAUUAAAACUUCUGAACUUUCAGAAAGACUUUUUAUUUCAGAUGUUGGAUAAUGAGAGCAACAGUUCAGGAAAAAUCUUUGAGUAAUAUUGGAAUAUUUGACAUAGUUGCAGUGCAAACUUCAGACUUGGCUUGGUUGAUACUGGCUUUAUGUAAGUAAGUGUGCAGCGGAUUGACAGUAACAAAGGUAGUUGAUUGAUAGGUGUUUUUUAUUUAUAUACUGUAUAUAUUUGCAAUUGUUAUAUCUUCAGCAGAGUAAAUAUUGAACACAAUUAUUGGAUAAUGAUUAUCCGUCAGUCUUAUUGGUGGUUUAAAUAAUCAAUUAUUAGUCUGAUAAGUAAAAGAUUCCUUUCAAGUAAAUAUUGCUCAUACAGACAUAGGCUCUUGAAACUGUGACCCAAUAAUAAGACAAACAUUUUUUGGAGGUAAAAAGAUCGCUUUCUAGCAACCAAAGCCUAGAGUGCAAGAUUCAAUGGAACAGCUUUUGGUCCAAUCAGUUGAUAAUUAAUCUCCUUGUAUGUGUGUAUAGGGAAGUAUCUAAAGUUCAUUGUUUUCUUGAAAAUGGCCAGCGAUGUUCUGCAGGAAUUAAACAGUUGUCAAUUGCACAUCCAUUCAGUGAUUUCCAUUGCCAUAAUUAGGCUGUAGGAUUAAAGGGAGUCUGGGUAUAAAUACCUGUAUGUUGGGAUUUUAGAUUGCAAAAGACUGCAAACAGUUGAAUUUUAAUUUGCAAUAAUUGUAGCAAUAGUUUAGCUAUAAACUACCUUGACCCUGAAGUGAUGUGAUAAACAUAUAUAAUUGCAAAUAUAGUGCUUCCAAUCUGCUACAGUUUUACAACUUUUCCACAAAGAAAUAAUAUAAUCAUUCCUCCGUAUCCAUGAGCGUUCCUGAGAACUCCUGCAAAUGAUGAAAUCCACCACCGCAAAGCUCGUUUAAAAAAAAUUUAAAAUAUAGCAAAAAAUGUGAUUUUUGUCCACAUGUUGAUUUUCGUUAACUUAUUUUUUAUCCGAAUAGAUGAAUUCUCAGUUUGUGAUUUUGUGGAUACAGAGGAUUCCUGUUAUUGCAAGUGCUCUCUAUAGAGAACUGCCACUUGUGUAUUCAUAUCCAUUCAUUCUCAGUAAAUUGAGUCUUUAGCUGGUUUGACUCUGAAACAUGUUGAUAGGAAUUUGAAACUAGAUGUCAAUCUGAUGCCUGAGCUUGGAACUUUAGAAUGUCGUUGUUAAUGGAUCAGCCGGAUUGAUUUGUUGGUAGGAUGUGGAAAGAUAGGUUUUUCAGCGGAGAUCGGUUGACAUUGACCAAAUUGAUAGGUGGCAGCAAGCUUGCCAGUAUCUUCUGCUGGUAAGUUGCAGAGUUGUAAACUGUCCAAAAUUUAGGAAUGCCCUAAUACAGACUUGAUGGUUUCUAACUUUGCCGGGAUUUUCUGGACUUAGUAAAGCGGCAUGUGCCACAAGAGGGAAAGAACAUGUUAUCCAUAAUUAGUUUCUGCCCGUUAUCAAGAGUCUAAACUGAUUGGCUUUUUAAAAAUUCAACCUUUGUGAAUCACAGCAAUAUCUUAAGUUAAAUGGCGAACUUGAAGGUGAAAUAGGUACGUAGUCUAAAUUACAAACUUGUCAUGGAUUUUCAACCAGGCAUAAAAUUGGCAUUGCAGAUUGGCUAACCCCGCCAUGCGAGAAAGCAGCUAAGAUACCUGGUGAUAAUGGGAACUGCAGAUGCUGGAGAAUCCAAGAUAACAAAAGUGUGCAGCUGGAUGAACACAGCAGGCCAAGCAGCAUCUCAGGAAACUUCAGCCCUCUAAUGAAGGGUCUAG